CUAAAAUACACAUAAACUAAAACGUCAUAGUUUCAUUUUCGUUUUUUCUCUUCAUCGUUCUUAAAUUCCUCUUCAAGGUUCUUUGGCGAGGCCGACACCUCGUCUGAUCGACGCUGCCUCCAACUCUGAACUGCGGCGAGGCCGGCGCCUCGUCGAUCCUGCACCACUUUCUCCUGACUUUUCUCUCUCUCUCUCUCUAUCAUCGUCCCUUCUCUCAAUCUCCAUAAUUCCAGAACAUACUCACAAAAGAAUCUACUCCAAGUUUCUACCUCAGAAAUCGCCGCCGCCGCCCCUGCAAUUUUCGGCGAAUGGUCGGCUCUUCCACGCCCCUAACUCCAUCCCUCUCUCAAUUUAUAGAUAACUCAUCCAGUCAAAAGUGAUUUCACAAAAAAGCCAUUUUUUCAUUUUUAACUUUUUGUGCGUGGGGAAGCUUUGAUCUGUCGAGAUUUAGUUUUGUAAGUUUGAGGUUUGAGAAGAAGAAAGAUGAGGUGUGGUGGAAGUGACAGAUCUAUUAGUUUGAGGUUUAUUUGUUCCUAUACUUCACUUAUGCAAGAUAUUAAAAUUAGGCGUUGUGGUUUUGCUAAUGUCUUAAGACACUCUCACUGCAUUAGAUAAAAAACUGUAAGAACCUACUUUUAUUUAUAUCGAAUUGAAAAAUCUUGUUAGGGUUUGAAAUUUCAGACGCUGCCGAGCGUCGUCGUUAAAGAUGGAAAUGUUGCUACCGCGUCGAAGAUGAUGAUGCCGACGCGAUUUGAAAUCUGGCUUCGUCUUCUCUCAAGAUUAUUCGCGCGAUGAGUUGAACUUCAUGAGAUCUAAGUGUUCUUCUCUCUGGACUUUGGAAAUUUUUUAAGCGCUAACGUUUACAAUAUUUGAUGUGUUAUUUCAUUUUUUUUUUCAUAAGACAACAAUUUUUCCAUGUAGAUAAAUAAGUCCACGUAGACAAGUCAUGUAGGAGCUCCGAUUAUCCACGUCAAUUUUCGGGAGCCAGAUAAUUUUAAUAGGACACAUGGACAUUUUUGAAAAUUCGCUAAAACGAUGGAACAUAAAGUGACUUUUACCCGUAUAAUAAUAUAAUCAAUCUACAAUUAUAUUUAUUUGAUCAUUUUAUUUUCUACUUUAAUCAUACACGUCUCAAAAAAACAAACAAAAAAAAAAUACUAAUAAUUGAAUCUUACAGCCUACACCGCCGUUUCUCAACUCAGCUAUAUCCACUCUUGCGCCGGUGCUCCCUCUUCUCUCCGACGCGUCGCCGCCUUUGCUUGCUGCCAGCCCCUCCUCGUCUCUGCUGCCUGACCUCUCUGCCGGCGCCGCCUCCUCCCUCCUGUCUCCACCCCGCCGCAGGCCCGCAACAGACCAGCAGGCAGCAGUAACCCGCGGCAGAGCCUGCGCCGCAACCGCACCGCCCCCACCUCUCAUUGCUCUCAAUCUCAACUGCUGUGCCGUCGUGUCGCCUAUCGACGUUCGAAUUCAAAUUUUUCAUUGUCGUGGACUCGUGGUGUUUUUGUGACGAGAGAAAUUCUGGUUUCGAUUUAUGAAUUGUGAAACACAGUGAAUAAUGCUUCUAAGGCAGAUUCCGAGGCGCUGCAUUUACACUGCCGCCGCAUCCCCUGAACCGCGGCCUUGGCUUUUUGUGGGUUUGGGCAAUCCAGGUGAUAAAUUUAUGGGCACCAGACAUAAUGUGGGUUUUGAAUUCAUUGAUGCAUUUGCGAAAUCACAUGAGAUAGCGAUGGACUCUGUCCACUGCAAAGCUAUAUUUGGAAAAGGUUUCGUAAAUGGGGUUCCAGUUUUCUUGGCUAAACCUCAGACUUACAUGAACUUAAGUGGUGAAUCUAGUGGUCCUCUUGCAGCAUACUAUAAGCUUCCCCUUAACCGAGUUCUAGUGCUUCAUGAUGACAUGGAUUUGCCUUGCGGAGUUCUUCGUCUGAACCCCCUGGGAAAUCAUGGAAGACAUAACGGAAUGAAGAGCGUGAUCUAUCAUUUCCGUGGGAAUAGAGAAUUUCCUCGUUUAAGAAUUGGUAUUGGAAGGCCUGCUGGUCAAAUGGAUCCAAAAGCAUUCUUACUCCAAAAAUUUAAUGCCAGAGCUCGAGAGAGGGAUGGCAGAUUGAUGGUGCAUUACAAGAAGGUGUCGAUGCUCUAACGCAGGUGUUGUCCAAAGGCCUCACGGAGAGUGCACGAUGCUUCAACAAAGAGCAGAAGUACAAACACUUGAGACUACAAACCAUGCCCGUAUGACAGAGGUACUCAAGCUGAAUUUCUUGAAUGCGUUAUAGUUUUCUUUCAAAACCUUCGAAUCGGAUAGUAGUAUGACAUGCCACUGCUCGUUUUCAUCUAAAUGCAUCAAGAAGCUUUGAGGUUUCAUUCUGAAACUUACUUUUUCUCUUGAAUUUUGGGUCUGCUCAUUCAAGUGACUGCUUCCAUGAGAUGAACUCGCCUGGCAAUGUGAUCCAUCGCUGCAGACUUCACUGCGGAGCCAAGAGGAGGAGAGGUGGAAAUCAAAUCAAGUCAAAUGAGCUGCUGUUGAUGCAUGCAGAUUAGUCACAUCACAUAUAUUACUUUCUGGAAUAUCGUGUUCAACUGCAAAUUUUAGAACCAGUAUCAUCAUCCACGUUCAAACAAAAAACAUCUUACCUUUA